AUGAAGUCAUUUCAAAUUAUCAUCAAGGGCUUAAUAUAUAUUUUCUCGGUCAUUAACCUUGCCAAUGCUGGUAUUUCUCCAUCAUUUCCAAUUGGAGACUCGGUGGUAAGACCCGGAGAAACUGUAAAAAUAAAAUGGAUUGAUGAUGGCCAAAAACCACCAUUAUCAAAGAUGCCCAAUGUAGCGGUUGAAUUUAUGACAGGUAGUGAUUUGGAACAGGUCACGUUGGCACCCAUCAGUAAAGUACCCGGUACAGCUAAAGAAUUGGAUUGGAAAGUUCCAUUAGUUGAACCAGUGGGAAAAAAUCUUUUUUGGACAACAAGGUUUACUGUAACUGAUAAAGAUGGUAAAUUCCCAACUGAAACAGGUCCCAUACCAGAAGUUGGUAAGAAUCCAGGUGGUCAAGGAAAGAUCAUUGAUGACUUUUCUGGUAAAGGGAAAGAACAGGCUGAUGAAAAAGCUAAAGGUGAUAAUAAGGAAAAGAUUGGAAGUGGUGUUGCUCCCAAAGCUGAAAAGGACGUAAAAGAGCCUAAUAAAAAUUCAAAUACAUCUCCAAGUGCGAAUGAUAAAGCGAAAGACAAUAAUUAUUCAAGUUCUGCCAAUAAUUAUGGAAUUCAAAUGUUAAACGUUCUUUUGGGUAUUUGCGUUGCUAACGCAUUUUUUUAA